GAGCCGGUUUGUUGACAGGAAGCGUUUGAAGCGGAGUCACUGCUGCUCCUGCUUCUCCUGCUCCUUCUCCUGCUUCAGCCUGACAAACGGAGGAUUUCUCUCUCUCGUUCAGCCGCUCGCCGGUGCGCGGACUAAAACAAUGCUCUGUAGGACCGAACCGGGGCAAAGAUGCAAUGGAGGUCAAUAGUGGUGGGUCUCGUGGUGCUGCGGCUCUCCCUCGGCUGGGUGCUGUGGCUCGCGUUCGGACUGGGACCCAGCGUCAUCUGGGGGUUCAACUUCCAGCUCGGCUUUAACCUGCACAAGCUGGAUGUGCUGUUCGGGGAGGAGAAGGGCAGCGACCCGGGCUCGUGGUCCCAGCGGGUCCACGGCCCCAGGUAUGAGGAGUCGACGACCACCUGUGCGAAGCCCGAGGAGGACUCGCCCCGGAGACCCUACCUGAGCUUCUUCGACGGCAACAAGGACGAGUACGUGCGGCGAUACAGCUCGUUCCCUGACCCCCUGAAGGCCAAGAUGAAGGACAUGGCCAGAGACAUGUUCUACUUCGGAUACGACAACUACAUGAAAUACGCUUUCCCCGAGGACGAGCUGAAUCCCAUUGCCUGUAAAGGAAGGGGACCAGACGUGCUGAACCCGUCAAACAUCAACAUAAACGAUGUCUUGGGGAACUACUCCCUGACAUUAAUUGACACCUUAGACACUCUGUUGGUGCUUGGCAACGUGACAGAGUUCCAGAGAGCCGUCAAGCUGGUCAUAGAAACUGUAUCUUUUGAUAAGGACUCGACGGUGCAAGUUUUCGAGGCGAACAUAAGGAUCUUGGGAAGCCUCAUCUCCUCUCACAUCCUGCUGACUGACCCAAAACAUCCGUUUGGCAAAGUGGGCUUGGAAGGUUACGAUAAUGAGCUGCUUCACAUGGCUCAUGACUUGGCCGUCCGCUUACUGCCGGCCUUCGAGAACACCAGCACAGGCAUUCCUUACCCCAGGGUGAACCUGAAGACUGGGGUCCCCCCUGACAGCAUCAAUGAGACUUGCACUGCAGGAGCUGGGUCCCUGCUGGUGGAGUUUGGGAUUCUGAGCCGCCUGAUCGGCGAUUCCACAUUUGAGUGGGUAGCCAGACGAGCGGUUAGAGCUCUGUGGAAACUGAGGAGCAAUGAAACCGGUCUCUUAGGUAAUGUAGUUAAUAUCCAAACGGGCCAGUGGGUCGGGAAGCAGAGUGGCCUCGGGGCUGGUAUGGACUCCUUCUAUGAGUACCUGCUGAAAUCAUACAUCCUUUUUGGGGAGAAAGAGGACUACAGGAUGUUUCAGGCUUCUUAUGAGAGCAUACAGAACCACAUGAGGAGAGGGAGAGAGUCGUGUAACGAAGGCGAGGGGGACCCGCCUCUCUACGUUAAUGUGAACAUGUUCAGUGGGGAAAUUAUGAACACCUGGAUCGACUCUCUUCAGGCCUUCUUUCCUGGGCUGCAGGUGCUGAAUGGUGAUGUGGAUAACGCCAUUUGCCUACAUGCCUUCUACUAUGCCAUCUGGAAGCGCUUCGGGGCGUUGCCGGAGAGAUACAACUGGCAGCUGCAGGCUCCUGACGUGCUCUUCUACCCCUUGAGACCAGAGCUGGUGGAGUCGACCUAUCUGUUGUACCAGGCGACCAAAAAUCCUUUCUACUUGCAUGUUGGAAUGGAUAUUCUCCAGAGCCUUGAGAAAAAUGCCAAAGUCAGAUGUGGGUACGCCACUCUCCACCACGUCGUUGACAAAUCCAAAGAGGAUCGUAUGGAGAGCUUCUUCCUCAGUGAGACCUGCAAAUACCUGUACCUGCUUUUUGAUGAGGACAACCCUCUUCAUCACUCCGAUAACAAGUACAUCUUCACCACAGAGGGCCACGUCGUGCCUAUAGACAAGCGCUUCAGGGAGAAGCAGUGGAAUGAUUUGUAUCCGUGCGAGGAGGGGGCACUGGCAGAAACAGAGCCCAACUCCCGGCCGCCUUCCAGCAACAUCAGCAAUUGUAGCAGGAUCCCAGAGGAGCGACGAUACACUCUGCCACUGAAGAGCGUCUACAUGAGGCAGAUCGACCACAUGGUGGGACUUCUAUAAAAGGACGCAAGUGGGGACAGUGGCGUGAAGCUGCCUUCGGUACGCCUCCUGAAGUGCAGAGGCAGUGAGGUUAGAAAAGAUCGAGUGGUGGUCAAGCGCCUCGGCCAUUCUGUUCUGCUGCUCAGGAUCCAGACAAAGGAACUGACUCUAAGGGAAACCAGUUUAAUUAAUUGCCGUAUUAUUAAAAGUUUGUGCCGGGGUGCUUUGUCUUCUGGAUGUGAAAGCAUGUACUCAACAAAGACGGAGAAAGAGGAGUCAUGUUUUCACUGUGGUUUGGCGAUGAUGAAUGGAGAUUGUGGUUUUCUGUUGCGUGUCUGUGGAGCAAAACAUAUCUGUUCAGGUAUGACUGUGUGUACUGUGUGUGUGUGUGCAUGUGAGUGAGAGAGAGGGAAAUGACAGCUAAGCUGUGAAUAAUAAUGAUGUGUUUAUGGGAACGGUGCCAUCUAGCCACACAUGUAAAAUGUAUAGCCUAAAAAAACUCACCUCUAAAGCUUUUUUUCUAAACAUUAUGAUUAGUGCCUCUUUGCAGUUGACUCACUUGAGUAGAUCUGUGCUUUUAAAUAAGGGCUGCACACUAACAUAUAAUGACAGGUGAUAACUCAUGCACACACUGUAAAACCCUGCCUAUUGGGAGGCUGUAGUAAACUUUAGAUUGUGCCUGUAGGAAACUUGUGUGGUCUUUUGUAGGCUUGAGGUCAAUUUUUCCAAAAUGUUGAAACAGCUCUAGUCUCUCUGAUUUACUACAGAACUACAGAGUUUUCUUCUUCUAGAUUGGGAUUAACUAUAUUUGAACCAUUUUAAAGCAACACCAUGUAACGUUUACUGAGCAACAGCGCCCUCUGCAGACACACUUUGUGAUUAUUUCGUCAGGCUUUGUGUACAAACGAUUAAGUGGACUUGAUGUAGAGAAACAAAGCUCAUCCAUCUGUUGACCACAGGUCUGACUGUAGUGCCACUUACUGAACUGAAACACAGCUGAACGUUGGAUAUUACCCAGGAUCCUUGGCUUCAUGAAGCAGAGGAGCUGCUUCGUUUUUAGUUUUUAAUGACUCCUUUUUAACUGAUCUGACAAUUUAAUUUUGAACCUGAUUCUGGCAAUUUAAACUGAACAUCAUUGGUCGUCUUUCAGAGCGAACUAGCUCACCAACGUUUCACAGAGCAAGAACAGAUAUUCGGGGUGAGCAGUUGGGAUGGAAGCUGCACCGCUCUCUUCAGUUCGAACAACACAAACUAAUUUUGAAGCUGCUAUUUAGGUUUAAAAAGUUGCAUUUUGUUGCUUUAAAGAGAGCCUCUGUCUUACUUUUGUUAUGCAAAUGUUCACGGAAAACUUAACAAAGACUAAGUGACAACUUGAACUGCUUCCUGCCUGCCACACUAAUGAAGACUGAAGUGUUCCAUCUCUCAGGCUUUUAGUUACUCGAUGUCCUACAAAGUGUAAACAGGUGUGUGUGUGUGUGUGUGUGUGUGUGUGUGUGUGUGUGUGUGUGUGUGUGUGUGUGUGUGUGUGUGUGUGUGUGUGUGUGUGUGUGUGUGUGUGUGUGUGUGUGUGUGUGUGUGUGUGUGUGUGUGUGUGUGUGUGUGUGUGUGUGUGUGUGUCGUUACAAGACCUUCAGGAUGACUUUCUGUUUUAAAGUGCCUUCUCUGUCUUUCUGGAUGCUACUGUACAGUGCAUUUUAGUCGUGGUUAACAUUGUCCCAUUUUUUAUUUUUUUUUAUUAAGGCCACUGAUGAUAUUGCACAACAGGUGUCAUUCCAUGUGUGACACUGAUGAUGACAUGAAGCUCCCUUUUACACAUGACGAGAAAAGCCAUAAACACAUUUUUAUUUUAAUGUUAGUAUGUGAAAACAUGUUUUCAAUCAUUCUUCUGUCCGACAUCUUUAGUACACACUCUCCUGCAUUGUCUCUGAUUAUUAUAACUUUUUUUAUUUUAUUUUUUAGAGAAGAUGGACAUUUGUUUUUCCUCUCUCACGUUAUUGCACAUCAUAUCUAUUCAUUUUCAUGUGGUGAGAACUCAGGGUUUAAUGGAAAAGCGUUAAGCAGUGAAUGCUUUUAUUAAAAGAAACAAACACUUUCUUGAAAUGUUGUUGCCUUAAAUGUCUUAGGAAAGCCUUAGGUAUUUAUGUUGCAACUUGUUACAACUUGUGAAUCCGAGGUUGAAGAAUAAUCGCACUGAACCGAAGUACAGUCCUACUGUGAAUAUUCAUUCAUGUCUUAAACACAGAAAGGCAAACGCCAUCUCCUUCACGUUGAUCUUUGAUUUUAAUGUGUUUUGUGACUGAUGCAUCUUUUACCAAACAUCCUGAGAAUCUGAAGCUCCGCAGAGCCUCGGGCUGUGGCGCUCGCUGACAUCGUUUCACCAGCAUCUUCUUUGUCUUUGGGAGACAGCUGUUCAGUUCUCAAGUGUUGUAGGAACUACUUCAGGUGACCGCAAUGCCAUGUCUGAGUUUGCAAAGUGGUGGACAUGACAAAACCCACUUUGUCUCAGAUCAUCAACAUAUUGGGGAAAUUCACUUGUUACUUUCUUGCUGAGAGAUGGAUUAGAAGAUGAAUAAUACCGGAUUCCAGUCUGGGGCCUGUUUCAUUAAAACAAUUUGUGGGAGCUGUUCAUAAAAUGGCUGACGAAAGCUGCCGGGGGUCGAUUGUGGGAUGAUUUGCUUCGAUUAGUCAAACUCGUCAAACCUGAUUCUACGAUAAGCCCUUCAAAACGUGGCUCGGCCGGGGUUUUAUACGUUGAAUUAGCAUGUUCCUGUGUCUGUGUGGUCAAAAUUGGCCUUAGGUGUAAAUGUUAAGCCAAGCGAACUGUAUCUUCCCAUUAACACUUCAAUCUUCUCAUCCAUCUAUUCGCAAGAAAGCAAAAAAAGUCUAUUUAAAAAAUAACGGUCCAACUCUUCAUUUGAAUCAGUAUGAAAUAAAAGAGAUCAAUAAAUGACAGAUUAUGACCAAGA